GCGCUUUUACGCACGGCUCUGGUGACAGCGGAGCGGACUGUAAGGAGUCAUGCAGGCUGUCCGUGUAUGAGUGUCUCUUAUCAUCACUGCUGCACAAUGACCCUGCUGCCUGCGCUGCUCUUCAUUCUUCUCUGUGGAGAACUGUGUUGUUGUUUCAGGAAGGAUGGAGGCUUCACCUUUGGCGCCGAUAUCCGCCAGUACGCCGUGGCCAACGACACGGUGUUCGUGGCUACAAACGAGAUGCUGUACAAGCUGAACCAUGACCUGACUCUGGUCCAGAAUGUGAGCCAGAGAGGGGUCUUAACUGGCUCAAACCAGGGGUCGCAGGGUACCGUGUUUGACCGGGUUUCUGAGACUGAACCGUGGAACGCGACUUUCAGAAUCAACGUCUUAUUGCCGGUCGUGAAGGACAACGUUUUGAUCAGCUGCGGAGUGACAGACAAGGGGUGUGGACACUGUGAGGUUCUGGAGCUGAGCAACAUCUCCAACAGCACUCACAAUGAGACCAUCCAGGCGGGAUCAUUGAGUUGGGAUCAUGGCGACACAGCGUCCGUCGCAGUUCUGAUAACUAUAAAGAAUCCAACCGAAAGCAACACUUACAUUCUGAGCGCGAUACAUCAGAGUCAAUCCUUGAAAGACAACCUCUGCACCUCUGACUCACGUACUGUUAACAUCCAAGACGCGGAUAAAAAACACGCAGGAGGGAUUUUUUCUUUCGUUGAUAACCAUGGCACUCCUACCCUAGGACACACAGCCGACGUGGUGGAGUUUGUGGAUGCAUUUCAGAUAAAUUCGAUCAUAUAUCUGCUCUCCAACACACGCCUGACAGGGAGGAAGAACAAUGUGCGUCUGCUUUGGCUCGAGGGCAAAUUCGGAAAGACCGACACUCUCAAAUCGCUGCGGGGUGUGACUCUCAAGAUCACUGACUCUGGUGGGGGAGACCCCAAACUCGUGGCUUCCUCGGUGAUCCCGGGCGCGUCUCUGAAGGUGUUGUGGAGCGGAAUAUUCAGUGCGGACGCAUCACGGAGCAACACCGAGCUGGUGGUGUUUGACAUCAGUCCUGAUCUCACGGGGACACCUAAUAGAGAUCCAGACUUCUUCUUCGGCUCACCAGACUCAACGGUUGAUUUGAACAUCCCAGUCACUCGGGAGCCAGUGGCAGUGAUCUUCAGGCAGAACAACAUGACCUCUGUGCUGGCUGUGAGGCACAAGACCUGGAUUGUUUUCUUCAUCGGUACAAGAGAUGGGCAGCUCAUUAAGCUUGCUGUGGACAACAACUAUCACGCCUCCUGUCCCAUCGUUCUCUACAGAGCCAGUGACGAUCGUCCAGUGCAUCCUAAAAUGCUUCUGGAUCAAGUAGAUCAUAGACAUAUUUAUGUGGCACUGACAAACCAGUUGAGGCGUGUACCUAUGUCAAAAUGCAGCACAUACAGAAAUAUGCACGAGUGUUGGUCUGCACAGGAUCCUCACUGUGUCUGGUGCGGCUCUGAGGGAAGUUGCAAAUUUGAAGACGACUGUAAAGAUUCUGACUGGUUGUCCAUUCCCGAUGAUUACCAAGAGAAAAUGGUUUCCUACAGAGUUGAAAAGGCGCCAAAAGGCCAGAUCACGCUGAACAUCUGGACACACCUGACCACAGGCCACAGGGCACAGUCUAUUUUCACCUGUGCUUUUUUGGCAAGUCGCGUUGUGCUUUGUGAUGGGAAAGACCCUCCGCCGCAGUUCCCACAAUGCACCUGCACCCUCACAAAUACCACACUUCCUGAGGAAGGUCUGGAAGUCAAUGUGAGCAUCAAACUUGGGAAGACAGAGUUAAUGGAACACCUGACACUAACCAACUGCUCUGACAUCAGAGGACCUUUCCUGUGUCAGCGGUGUAUCAGGGCUGGAUGUGGCUGGAGCAAUAACAUGUGUUCUUGGGCAAAUCAAGGAGUCACAAAUGACAGUGUUUGCCAAAUGACGGUGUCAGCGAUGAACUUCCCUAGACCAGAGAUCUCCUCCAUCACUCCCAGUUUGGUGUCUUUCCACGGCAGAAACCAUGCGGUGUUGUCAGGUCAUAACCUCAGUGAUGUGACCAGAGUGAGGAUGAAGGGACACACAGACUGCAUUGCAAAAGAAGCUCCUGUUUGGAACAACACAGGCGAGAGUCUGAUAUUUCACAUUCCCGGCAUCGAAAGUAAAGGUGUGGUCAACGUAUGUGCUGUCCUCCCAGACGGAACGUGUCACGGCAGUGCUAAAAUCACCUACAGCUCGUCACCAUCCUGCACCAACAUCAAACCAAGCAGCACGUGGAUGAGUGGAAAGAGGAAGAUCACACUCACAGUCUCUCUCCUGGACUUUGUGGAGGGGAUCAGACACAGUCACGACUUGCAGGAAAUCCCAGUUCAUGCAACUAGCAAUAAUCAGAAUUUCACCUACGACGCACUUGCAGCUGGAGACACUCAGACGCCUUUUAUCAGCUCAGUGUAUCUGAAAGUAGCCAAUGAAACGUUGCCCUGCUCCAACAUCACCUACUACCCAGACCCAACGUUUAUCAGCUUCAAACACGACAGUAAAGGAGACAAAGUGCACAUCUACAUCCAGAAAAAGGCAGACAAACUGGAGAUGACCAAAGCAGAAUUAUUAGCAUGGGGUGUUCACAGAGGACAACAAUUCCCCUGCAUCAUGAAGGACAACAACCCACACAAGACUGACAUUAUCCAAUGUGAUAUUGAAACAACACCGAACAUUGACUUUAAAGAGUUGGUGCUAAAGUAUGGAGACAAGACUGUAACACUGCACCUUCCAACUCCAUUAUCCUUCUAUUGGAUCGUGCUUGUUCUUCUGCUGAUCAUUGGCAUUAUUGUCUCAGUUGGAUUGUUAAUGUACCGAAGCAAACAGAAGAAGCUCACGGCUGAGAUGAACCAACUCCUGGAAAACCUGGAGCUUGACAUCAGGAAUGACAUCAGACAAGGUUUUGUUGAUCUGCAGACAGAGAAAGCUGAGCUGAUGGAAAAUGUUGGAGCCAUUCCUUUCCUGGACUACAAGCACUUUGCUUCCAAAAUCUUUUUUCCUGAGAGUGAAGCUUUGAUGAAGUUGUGUAUCAAAGACAUAAAUCAGGACACUGUGAAGGUUCAGCUUGAUGAGUGCUGCCACAGCUUGUCCAGACUGAUCCACAAUCAGCUCUUCCUCACUUCUAUGGUUCAUGUGCUAGAGGAGCAGAAGAGUUUCACUAUCAAGAACAAGUGUGCGCUGGCAUCUCUACUAACAGUCGCACUCCACAGUGACUUGUCGUACCUGACGGAGAUAAUGAAGACUCUGCUGCAGGAUCUGAUGCAGCAGAACAGCAACACUCAGCCCAAACUUUUGCUACGACGCACAGAGUCUGUAGUGGAGAAACUCUUGGCCAACUGGAUGUCCAUAUGCCUUUAUGGCUUCCUACGGGAAAGUGUCGGCCAGCACCUGUUCCUGAUGGUUAGUGCUCUCACACAGCAGAUUACCAAAGGACCUGUGGACUGUGUGACACAGAAAGCUCUCUACACACUCAGUGAGGACGGGCUGCUUUGGCAGGCCCAGGACUUCAGCUCCCUGAAGCUGAAUGUGCUGUUUGCGGUGGGCAGUGAAGGGGAGGUCAGCGAGCCUCUGGAGGUCAACAGCCUGACCUGUGACUCUGUGGAGCAGGUUAAAGAGAAAAUCCUGUCCACCUUCAAGGCCAAGUUUGGUUUUCCCUACAACACUUCCCUCAGGGACAUCCAUAUCGAGUAUGAGCAAGAUGGACAUUUUAUUCCUCUUGAAGAAGUGGAUAAAAGCUCUGAGGUGAUCGGGGAGGUGACGAUGCUCAACACACUGAAGCACUACAAGGUUCCUGAUGGAGCAACAAUCAAAGUGCUUUCUAAAAAAACUCAUCCUCCCCUGAGUCCACAGGGAAGUUUGAAAGACGAUGAGAACUUCUCUGGGAAAUACUUCCACCUGAUUGAUCCGGAUGUUGACGAGGACCAAAAGAGGAACCCAGAGAGGAAGAAGUUAAAGCUGAAGGAAGUGCAUCUCACCAAGCUGCUCUCAACCAAGGUGGCCGUGCAUUCGUAUGUGGAGAACCUGUUCAGGUCCAUCUGGGCGAUGUCACAGAGCCGAGCGCCGCAUGCUGUCAAGUAUUUCUUCGACUUCCUGGACACUCAGGCGGACAACAUGAAGAUCAUGGACCCAGACGUCCUGCACAUCUGGAAGACCAACAGUUUACCGCUGCGCUUCUGGGUCAACAUCCUGAAAAACCCCCAGUUUGUAUUCGAUAUGGAGAAGAGUUCGCAGUUGGAACGCUGCCUGUCGGUCAUCGCUCAGGCCUUCAUGGACUCCUUCUCCCUCAGUGAGACUCAGCUGGGGAAGCACGCGCCCACAAACAAGCUCCUCUACGCCAAAGAUAUUCCCAAGUUCAAACAGGAAGUGAAGGCUUACUACAAGCAGGUCAGAGAGCAGUCGCCAAUCAAUGACUCUGAAUUUAAGGCUUUCCUGCAGGAGGAGUCCAAGAAACACGUGAAUGAAUUCAACGAAGCAGCGGCCCUCAGAGAGCUCUACAAAUUCAUGCUGAAAUACUUCACAGAGAUAAUAGACAAACUGAACCAGAAUGGCGCCCCUGCAGAGCUGAUUGAGCAAGUGCAUCAAGUCAAAAACUUGUUUGAUGGAUUAAAGAGCUGCUCCUGGAGCUGAGCUGUCUGAAGAUCUGACAGUGACAAGCUGUCAUGUGACCAGAGAAGAGACUAUAGGCAAGCAUAUAUCAUCCUCCCCUGCAUGGAGAUGAAGGUAUCAGGUAUGUUUCAAUGCACAGUGAGGUUGAGCUAUGGUUGUGGCUUAUCGAUUUAUUGAAUGAUGCAGCUGCCUCUGCUGCGUUGGGAUGGCAGGGACUUGUUACCAUAUUAAGGGCUAUUCCUUCCACCUUGUAUUUUAAUUCUGACAGUUUAAAUUUAUCCUUGUCUGGAUUUUGUUUUUCUUCAGUGUACUAGCUUCUUCUCUUAAUUCAGUGACAAACUGGAACAUAUACAUGUAGAAAUACUCCCCACAUAAAUCGUGUUUGUAAGUCUGACUGACCAUGUUUACAUGUAUUUUGAUUAUCUUAAUUUAUAACAUGCAUAUUUGCUGAA